AUGAGUGCGAGCGAUCGCUCGCAGCGCCCAAGCGACGCCGCGGCGUCGUCGUCCGAGCAGAAAAGCGACGCGACUGGGAAGAAGCCAACAAAGGAUUACGACCGAUUGGAUUUGUCGACGUGUUUAGACGACGACGAUCCCGAGGUGCAACGGAUGCGACUGGACCCGAAUUGGGCGGACGCUGCGGCGGCGGUGUACGACAGGGACGUGCUGGAGAAGAAGCGUUCGGUGUGCGAACUGUUAAAAGAGCUGCGAGCGAGCCAAGACGCGACGAUGGAGAAGAUCGCCGAGGCUGAGCAAAGCGCGAGGUGGGUGGACGCCAUCGACGGUGCGGUGGAGACUUUAGAUCGACUUCCGGAGUACGAGAUCAAGGCACGAGAGAUGGCGAAGAGUAUGAUCAAGCUCAGGGAGAGGUUGGAACAAAUGGAGUCUCGGGUGAGCGCGUUGUAA